AUGCCUCCAAGUCCUAUAUCGCUACCCGAUUCCGAGGACGAGUCUCCUCCUGCGGGGCUUCUCAGUCCCUGGAGACCUCCUCGACGAUCCAUCUCCACAGGCAGAAGCUCCCCGUUUAAUCGAUCAACAGCAUGGCGAGACGAGCUGAUCAAUAAUGCUGAGAAGAUGGGCCGCCGUGUAUAUAGGGUGUGGAGUGGUAUGACUCUGCUGCAAAAGAUCCUCGCCUGCGUUGGGCUGGUGGCGUUGGCUACCCUGGGUGUCCUGUUCCUUGUGUUCAAUGAGCGUAUCUUCGGCUGGCUCGAACCGCUUGCUGAACGUUGGAAACACACGACGGGCGGCUGGACAAUCCUGUGGGCAAUCGUCUUUGUCUGUGCGUUCCCACCAGUCAUUGGAUAUUCUACUGCCGGCACCACCGCGGGUUUCGUCUAUGGCGUUGGCGAAGGCUGGCUGAUUCUCGCCUCCGCUACCGUGGUUGGAUCUUUCUGCGCCUUUAUCGUCUCCCGAAGCAUCCUACGGAAGUGGGUGGAGCGCAUGGUUGCCCACGACAAGAGAUUUGCCGCCUUCAGCCUCAUCCUGAAGCAUGACGGGUUGAAGCUGCUGGCCAUGAUCCGACUCUGUCCUUUGCCUUAUUCCUUGUCGAACGGUGCCAUGUCCACUUUUCCGACGAUCAACCCGUUCAUGUACGCCCUGGCCACGGCGAUGGUCACUCCGAAGCUGUUGGUGCACGUCUUCAUUGGAAGCCGUUUGGCGGUCAUUGCACGGACACGGGAGAAGAUGACUAUGGGAGAUCGAGCCAUCAACUAUGGCAGUAUCGCAUUGGGUGCUGUGGUGGGGGGCCUUACAGGAUUUUACAUAUAUCGACAGACCAUGGCUCGAGCCAAGCAGCUUGAAGCUGAAGAAACCAACUCAGUUCGAGACGCAGCCCGACGGACUGGUCACCCGCCGCCAGAGUUCAGUGACGAUCCCGAGGCCCAGAUUGCUGCGGAGACGGUUGCUGACGACACAAUGGACUAUUUUGACGAAUCGCCUAAUGAGCGACCAAGGUAUCAUGAUGAAACCGACGAUGACGACGACGUCUUUGGCAAAGGCGAUGGAGAUGAUGACGAACCGGUGACUGCCAACAUUGGCUUGCAUCAGCAAAAGAAAUCUGAAGGCGCAUAA